AUGAGUUCUGCAAGCAAAGUUGGAGAAAUAUUCACUGCAGCAGGACAAGCAUUCAAUAGAUUAGGAGAUCUGACAAUGCAGCUGCAUCCAAACGCCGAAUCUCCUACCGGAAAGUGGACUGACGAAGAAAUUGAGAUGCUACGGCAAGUUGUCAAACAAUUUUCUGAUGGUUUAAACCAGAUAAGUGAUCACAUUAAGAGAAGAACAGUAUCCCAAAUUAGGACAGCCUUGAAGAAAAAAGCAUUCGAGGAUGCAGGCUUGCCAGUAAGGCCUGUAAAUCAGGUACAGCAGCCACAAAAUGUUCAGCAACAAACAAUGAUCAAAUCAGAAGUGACAUUGAAUAUGCUGAAUGCUGCCGAGUCUGAGGUAGAUGUGGAGGGACUUCAUGAAGAUGUGAAGUUGGAGUUUGAUGGAGGAAAUGAGGAGGUAUCAACAUAG